ACCUAUAGAGUCCCCGUCCCGACCACUUUUAUGGUACGAAAGCAAAGUCUGAUUUAAAAAACAAUAGCCUUACAAUCUUCCACAGUGCGGAAACCCGAGAUUGAAGAUUUCCUUUCCUUCCUUUCCAAGUCACCAAUUCACGUACAGAUUAGAAAAUCAUCGUCAAUAAAAUCAUCGUCAAUUAUUUAAUUAGUGGAGAAUUCGAGGGGGCCAUGGCUGAUUAUUCCAAGGAGGAUUUCCUGCAGCUGAUCAAGCGUGUCGGCGCUUUUUUCACUAUCAAGAUUUCCAAUCUCUUCCGUAAUUUGGAUCUACGAUCCAUUGGGGCUAUAGCUGGGCUAGCAUUUGCAGUAGUUUUUACUUGGAGAUUAUUGAGAACACCUAGUGGACCGCAAAGAAGGCAACCCAAAAGGCAGGCUCCUACAAGCGGUAGUUCUAGCUCUAGUAGUCAUGGAAAUGCCAAUGUAAAUGUGACAUCUUCAGGCAUUAGCAAUUCUUCAGAAGACUCAAGAACUCAGAAUGUGAUAGAUGAGCUCUUUCAGCCGGUAAAGCCAACUCUUGGUCAAAUAGUUCGUCAGAGGUUGAGUGAAGGGAGGAAGGUAACAUGCAGAUUACUUGGUGUAAUACUUGAAGAAAGCAGCCCAGAGGAGCUGCAGAAACAAGCAACUGUAAGAUCGUCUGUGGUAGAGGUAUUGCUUGAGAUCACAAAAUUUUGUGAUCUCUAUCUCAUGGAAAGGGUGCUGGACGAUGAAAGUGAGAAGAAAGUUCUCCUAGCUUUGGAAGAUGCUGGGAUCUUUACAUCUGGUGGCUUAGUCAAAGACAAGGUUCUUUUCUCUAGCACAGAGAUUGGACGGACAUCUUUUGUGAGACAACUGGAACCGGAUUGGCAUGUAGACACAAACCCUGAAAUCGUUACUCAAUUAGCGAGAUUCAUCAAGUAUCAGCUUCACAUUUCUCCAAUGAAGCCUGAGGGAACUGCUGCCAACGUUUACACCUCUACAUCCUUGGAACAAUUCUUUCGAAGCACCUAAUUUGAUGUAGUAUUGUAACACAUUUGGGGACUUUUCUCUCUUUGUUUCGAGUUCACUGGAGUCAAUAUAUCACCUGCAAUUACUGAUUUUGCAAUGUGUCAAAGAAUUUCUGAGUGAUAUUUUGAUACAUGUGCUACAUUCGAUUCUUGUUCACUGUUCAAGUUCAUAAAACAUGUAGUCAUUGUAUUUUGAGUUAAUGUAUAAUUAUUUAGAAUGUGCA